UCUUUCUUAUAUAAAAAAAUAUUAUAAUUUCUUUGCAGUUCAAAAAAAGUUUGUAGCUUUGAAGGUAAAGAGAGAGAUCAAGCGACUGAGAGAGAGAGAGAGACUGGUGUAGAAGCAAAACCACGAUCUGAGUUUCCGACAACACUCUUUCUUCUUCGAUCGGAGCUUUCUGACAUUCCGACAAAACCAGAAAAGAUCGUUCCUUUCGUGUCUGUGUGUGUGGUGGGGUUUGUCGGAAAAUGGAGCGGUACGGUCGCGCCGGUGAAGAAGGGUCGCGAUCGGAUCCGUCGGUUGAAUGGUCCUCUCACGGAGGCGAAACCAGAGUCGAAGCUUCGAUGUGGCGGUUAGGGUUAAGCGGCGGCGGAGAAGCGUACCCGGAGCGAUCAAAUGAGCCUGAUUGUAUUUAUUACUUGCGAACCGGCGUUUGCGGGUACGGGUCAAGAUGCCGGUUUAAUCACCCACGAGAUCGUGGAGCGGUUGUUGGAGGUGUGAGAGGAGGAGGAGGAGGAGAUGGAGCUUUGCCGGAGAGGAUGGGACAACCGGUUUGUCAGCAUUUUAUGAGAACCGGAACGUGUAAGUACGGUGCUUCUUGCAAGUAUCAUCAUCCUAGACAAGGAGGUGGUUCCGUUGCGCCUGUCUCUCUAAGCUAUUUAGGAUAUCCAUUACGUCCGGGAGAGAAAGAGUGUUCUUAUUACAUGAGAACCGGCCAGUGUAAAUUUGGUUUAACCUGUAGAUUCAACCAUCCUGUGCCUCAGCCACAGCAGCAGCCACAGACACAGACUAUUUAUCCAACAUUCCAAUCUCAACCAAUGCCUUCUUCUCAACAAUAUGGUUUAGUUCUAACAAGGCCUUCUCUAUUACCUGGUUCUUAUCUUCCAAGCCCUUACGGCCCACCAAUGGUUCUGCCUCCAGGAAUGGUUACAUACCCUAAUUGGAAUCCUUACCAGAAUCUCAAAUUUUGGAAGAGAGUGGAAAAGGCCGGCGACUCAAUGGCUUCUACUUUUUCAACUAAUGCUCGUCUCACCAACCCUCCUCCUCCUCGUCAUCUCCUCUCCACUCCACCAACCUCCGUCGCUAACCUCCGUCUUCCAUCCGCCCGCUCCAAAUCAAAUCUCUUCUCCGCCGAAUUCUCUUCCCUGCAAAUCAGAACUGUGCCGGUUCCGGUAGUAUUCUCCGAUCAACUACGACGUCAAAGCAUGAAACCAAGCAAUGUCUAUGUGGCUUCAGACUCCAUGGAAACGGAGAUGGGAAGUCAAAAACUUGCGAAAAACCCGAGCUUGAUCUGUGCUCCAGUGAUGGGGGAUUCAGUAGACGAGAUGGUGACUGAAACGUGCAAAGCUCAGGAACUGGGUGCAGAUUUGGUGGAGAUUCGAUUAGAUUGUCUGAAACAGUUCAACCCUCUUGAGGAUUUGAAAAUUAUAAUACAGAAGUCUCCUCUCCCCACUCUAUUCACCUACAGGCCAAAAUGGGAAGGUGGUCAGUACGAAGGCGAUGAAAAAGAGCGGCUGGAUGCGCUCCGUUUAGCCAUGGAACUUGGAGCUGAUUACAUUGAUGUUGAACUUCAGGUUGCUGAAGAGUUCAUCAAGUCUAUUAAAGAGAAGAAGCCUGAAAACUUCAGAGCAAUUGUUUCGUCACAUAACUAUCAGAGCACCCCUUCUGUUGAGGAUCUCAAUGACCUCGCUCUAAGAAUACAACAGUCUGGAGCUGACAUUGUGAAAAUCGCUACUACAGCUGUGGACAUCACAGAUGUUUCUCGCAUGUUCCAUAUAACCUCAAAUGCUCAAGUUCCAACAAUAGGACUUGUAAUGGGUGAAAGAGGUCUUAUGUCUCGUAUCCUCUGCUCCAAAUUUGGUGGAUAUUUGACCUUUGGCACCUUAGAAUCUGGAAAAGUAUCUGCGCCUGGUCAACCAACGAUCAAGGAGCUGUUGGAUCUUUACAACUUCAGAAGAAUUGGUCCUGACACUAGAGUGUAUGGAAUCAUUGGGAAGCCUGUCAGUCACAGCAAAUCACCUAUUGUUCACAACCAAGCUUUCAAGUCAGUUGAUUUUAACGGUGUAUAUGUUCACCUCUUAGUUGAUGAUCUUGCAAGCUUCCUCAAAACAUACUCAUCCUCUGAUUUCGCUGGAUUCAGCUGUACAAUUCCUCACAAAGAAGAUGCAUUGAAAUGUUGUGAUGAGGUUGAUCCAUUGGCAAAGUCUAUAGGAGCAGUGAGCACUAUGCUAAGGAGACAAAGCGACGGAAAGUUGCUGGGUUACAACACGGAUUGUAUUGGCUCCAUUUCUGCUAUUGAGGGUGGACUUAGAAGCUCAAGUAAUCCAAGCAGCGUACCUUCUUCUUCUUCUUCACCGUUGGCUGGUAAAACAGUGGUGGUUAUUGGUGCUGGUGGAGCAGGCAAGGCACUUGCUUAUGGUGCAAAAGAGAAGGGAGCCAAAGUUGUGAUUGCUAAUCGAACUUACGAAAGAGCAGUAAAACUCGCAGAAGCAAUUGGAGGAAGAGCGUUAUCUCUCACGGAUUUAGAUAACUUCCACCCAGAAGAUGGCAUGGUAUUGGCCAAUACUACGUCUAUGGGUAUGCAACCAAAUGUUGAUGAGACUCCCAUCUCCAAGGAUGCGUUGAAGCACUACUCACUAGUGUUUGAUGCGGUUUAUACUCCAAGAAUCACACGACUGUUAAGGGAAGCAGAAGAAUGCGGAGCCAUAACUGUGUCGGGGUCAGAGAUGUUUGUGAGGCAGGCUUACGAGCAGUUUGAGAUUUUCACCGGUUUGCCUGCUCCAAAGGAACUCUACUGGCAAAUCAUGUCGAAGUACUGAAACCUCUCGCUUGUGUGUGUGUGUGUGUAUCUUUCUUCUUACUUCCAUGGAAACUCAAUUCCAAUAAAGUUAUAGAAAAGUGCUAUUUGUGUUCUCAGAGAAGACCCUUUGUGAUGCCAUAGCAUGGACUUCUCUCUGUAUUUAUAUAGAUACAAACGAUGAAACUUGUUGAGUUGAUGAUGGAAACUUAGAUUUUUGCAGAGUGCAAUGUCGAUUA